AGUCUCUGAGCGGCCUGUUGGGACGGCUGUCUGUGAUUGGCAGGGUGGGCGUAGGUUCAAGGCGGCUGGGGUUGCGGGAAGGUGGCCGGGAGCCCGCUCGCUCCCCGCCACUCAGCCCGCUACGGCGGAGAGGCCGCGAGGUUUCAGCUGGAGGUCCGCGAAGACGCGGGAUCUCGCGAGACGAGCUAGUGCGGGCUCAACCCGUGGAGGGUCUCCGGGGGCGCGCGGGGCUUCCCGGGCCUUCCUCGGCCUUGGUGCUUGCGGGGUCGGCUUGCCGUUCGGGCCUCAGCCUCUGCCCGAGACACGGUCGCUUCCCCCUAGUCUAGACACGCUUUAAUGGCCAUAGCAAAAGUCAAUUUGCAAGCAUUGGAAUAAAUCUUGUAAAGGAACAUUGUGCAACAUGGAUUCUCUAACAGAAGAAUUUUUUGUAAGUGGAAAUCCUGAUGUGGAGGAACAGACCAAGGAAGAAACUGAGAAUAUAGUAGAGAAACCAGUUAGUCAGCUGGACAAAGAGAAAAUGGAUAUAUUGACUGAUCCUGAGCCUGUUAACCCACUAUUAGAAGUAAAGAAGGUAUUAAAUGCAAUCAAUGCUCUUCCCAGAGGUGUGUUCCCUAACAUUGAAAAGUUCAUACAAGAAGAUUUCUCCUUCCAGACUAUGCAGAGGGAAGUUACAACUAAUAGCCAGACUGGGGAAGCAAUUGUUCCUGCUUUAACAUUACACUUUUUGAUAACACAACUGGAAACCGCACUUAGAAACAUUCAAGCUUCUAAUUAUACUGCACAACAAAUUAAUGUUGGUUAUUACUUGACAUUACUGUUUUUAUAUGGAGUGGCACUCAGUGAAAGAGCAAAGAAAGAGGACUGCAUAGAAGCUGAAAAUAAAUUUCUGGUGAUGAAGAUGGUGAUCCAAGAAAGUGAGAUGUGUGAAAACUUUAUGUGUUUAGUUUAUUUUGGACGUGGUUUACUUCGAUGUGCUCAGAAGAGGUAUAAUGGAGCACUACUAGAAUUUUACAAAAGCUUACAAGAAAUAGGAGAUACAGAUGAUAAUUGGUUUGAAGUAGAUCCUACAGAUGAUGAAGAUUUACCUACAACAUUCAAAGAUAGUCUCCAUAAUUUUAUCAAAACAACUGAAAGUAAUAUAAUGAAAGAAACCAUUUGCAGUUACCUUGAUUGUGAGCGUUCUUGUGAAGCUGACAUUUUAAAGAACACCAACUAUAAGGGAUUUUUUCAGCUCAUGUGCAGUAAAAGUUGCUGUAUUUACUUCCAUAAAAUUUGUUGGAAAAAGUUCAAGAACUUAAAGUAUCCAGGAGAAAGUGAUCAGAGUUUUAGUGGGCAAAAAUGUUUGAAAGAAGGAUGUCCAGGUGACAUGGUCAGGAUGCUACAGUGUGAUGUGCCUGGAAUUGUUAAAAUUUUGUUUGAAGUGGUGAGAAAGGAUGAAUAUAUAACCAUUGAAAACUUAGGAGCAAGUUACAAGAAUUUUAUGUCUCUGGAAUUAACUGACACUGAUAUUAGACCAAAAUUCAAUUUAAAACCAAACAUAAAAGAUGAAGUGCCUAUCUUCAAACUUGAUUAUAAUUAUUUCUAUCAUCUGCUUCAUAUAAUUAUUAUUUCUGGUACUGACAUGGUCCGGCAAAUAUUUGAUGAGGCUAUGCCACCCACUCUUUUGAAAAAAGAGCUGCUUAUACACAAGAAUGUGCUGGAACCCUACUACAAUCAUCUUUGGACCAAUCACCCUUUGGGUGGAUCAUGGCAUCUGCUUUAUCCCCCAAACAAGGAGCUACCACAGUCCAAACAGUUUGACUUAUGCCUCUUAUUAGCACUCAUUAAACAUCUGAAUGUAUUCCCUGCACCUAGAAAAGGCUGGGAUAUGGAACCACCAUCUUCUGAUCUUUCUAAGUCUGCAGACAUUCUGAGGCUCUGCAAGUACAGAGAUAUCCUUCUCAGUGAGAUUCUGAUGAAUGGUCUCACUGAGUUACAGUUCAAUUCAAUUUGGAAAAAAGUUUCUGAUAUUCUUCUGCGCCUUGGGAUGAAACAAGACGAUAUUGACAAAGUCAAGGAGAAUCCCAUUGAGAAUAUCUCCCUUGAUUAUCAUCAGCUGUCCAUUUAUCUAGGCAUACCAGUACCAGAAAUCAUCCAGAGGAUGUUAUCCUGCUAUCAACAAGGAAUUACCCUACAGUCAAUAACAGGCAGUCAGCGUAUAGAAGUAGAAGAGUUACAGAAUGACGAAGAAGACUUGAGUCCACCUGUAAUGGAAUAUAAUAUAGAUGUGAAAUCAAACACUGAAAUACAGUUAGCAGAGAUAAAUAAAGAUGUAGCCUCGAUACCUAGUGAAUCUUCAACGGAAUCUGUUAAAGAUCUUCAGGAGGUCAAAAGUAAAACAAAGAAAAAGAAAAGAACUAAGAGUAAUAAAAAGGAUAAGGAUUCAGAAGACGAGCAAGUCUCAUAUAUGGUAGAAAAGGACGACCAACUGGAGACAGAACACGUAGACGUGAGCACAUUCAGUACAUACAUGAAAACUGACACAAGUGAUGCACAGGAAGAUUCUGCAGCUGAGGACAAGUUCUGUAGCCUGGAUGAACUGCAUAUCCUAGAUAUGGUAGAGCAGGGUUCAUCUGGAAAGGAAAGUACAGACUUCAAAGAAACUGAAAAGGAAAGGCUUGCUCAUCAACAUCAGCUUUAUAAAUUGCAGUAUGAAUGUGAAGAUUACAAAAGGCAACUGAAAACAGUGACAUUUCGGUGGCAGGAAAAUCAAAUGCUGAUCAAAAAGAAAGAAAAGAUCAUUGUAUCUCUUAACCAACAAGUGGCUUUUGGAAUCAAUAAAAUGUCCAAAUUACAGCGCCAAAUCCAUGCUAAAGAUGAUGAAAUCAAGAACCUUAAAGACCAACUUUCCUUGAAAAGAUCUCAGUGGGAAAUGGAGAAGCAUAAUCUGGAAAGCACAGUUAAAACAUAUUUAAACAAACUAAAUGCAGAAACCAGCAGAGCCUUAACAGCUGAGGUGUAUUUUUUACAAUGUCGUAGAGACUUUGGUUUACUGCACCUUGAGCAGACAGAAAAAGAGUGCCUCAAUCAGCUGGCCAGGGUGACGCACAUGGCAGCAAGCAACCUAGAAUCACUUCAACUCAAGGCUGCUGUAGAUAGUUGGAAUGCCAUUGUGGCGGAUGUUCGAAACAAGAUUGCAUUCCUCAGGACACAGUACAAUGAACAGAUCAACAAGGUGAAACAGGGGUUUGCCUUGAGUACCUUGCCUCCAGUCCAACUUCCUCCACCACCACCAAGUCCUGAGAUACUGAUACAGCAAUUCUUAGGAAGACCCCUUGUGAAGGAAUCUUUCUUUAGACCCAUACUUACUGUCCCUCAAAUGCCUGCAGUUUGCCCUGGAGUCAUCUCUGCAGCUGUACAACCUAGACCACCCCUGAUGCCUGGUAUAACCUGGGCUAUGCCAACACCUAUAGGUGAUACUGUGUCCCCAAGUGCAAGUCUGUGCAGUGAACCUCUCAUGAUAAACUGGGAGAGGAUUACAGACAGGCUGAAAACUGCCUUUCCACAACAGACAAGGAAAGAGCUAACAGAUUUCUUACAACAAUUAAAGGAUUCUCAUGGGAAGUCUGUGUCUCGACUGACAUUUGAUGAAAUUGUUUACAAAAUUUCUCAAAUGAUUGAGCCCAAGAAACCUGAGAGUGAAGAAAAGUCUGCUCAAGAUGGCAAUACUACUUCACCCAGCCACACUGCAUCCCAGCCUAGUACUCCCCAGGACCCCAAGUCAGCACAAGGUUCUGCCACAUGGGAAGCAGCCAAAGAUGUGGAUAAUGAAGAGGAAGAAGAGGAGCCUUGUGUAAUCUGUCACGAGAAUUUGUCUCCAGAAAACCUUUCAGUUUUGCCUUGUGCUCACAAAUUCCACUCUCAGUGCAUUAGACCAUGGUUGAUGCAACAGGGCACAUGCCCCACCUGCAGACUCCAUGUUUUGCAACCAGAAGAAUUCCCUGGCCACCCCAACGGGCAGUUACCCAAGAUCUGAUACAAGGCAGGUAGCUAUACCUAAAGAUCAGCUUUAGACAUUGGGAUUUAGUUCUACUUUUUAAUGAGCUAAUUGUAUGAACAGUAUUAUGCAGCAGUAUGUGCCUUGUCUAGCUAAUCACACCAGAGCUGAGUCAAAGAGAUUGAGGCAGAUCUACAGCACAUGUAAAUUAAAGGGAAGAGACUUAAAGAACAUGGAUUUUAUUGCUUUUUGUAAGAUUUUCCAUCUGUAAACACAGGUCUGUAAACAUGACUAUCAGUAUAUUUCUUAGAAUGUCCUGUCUUUUCAGCUGUUUUUCUUCCUUCUUACUCUAUUGUCUUAUUUUCUCUUAGGUAUGAUAUAUUUUAAUUUCCUAAAAUAAGUUAGUAGAACAAGUAGAAGGGUAGGAAAAUCCUAUAGACUCUAGUUUACUUUUUAACUUUGAAAGCUUAUUGUUAAAAUAUAAUUAUUAUAAGUUAUAUUUCUAUCUUCUGAAAUGGCCACACUUGAUAAAAUUAUGGACUUUGAUUCUGGUGACCAUACAAUGGCUUGUAAUAGCUUGAUUGUUAAUUUUCAGACAGUGCAGAUCCAGUUUGUCCACUUGUGGUUGCCAUGCAAUCUCCAUAAUAAUUAUACUGCAGAGACUGCUACUAAGACUCAUCUUUCCCCCACGAACUAGUUCUUAAAAUCCACCACAAGAUGCCUAUAUUCCCAAUAUUUAGCAAAAUAAAUAUAGAAUGAAGUUAGAAUUUGAAAUCAAGAGUUAGUAAAAGGAGCAGAUAUGCAAAUUAACUCAUUUGCUGGAAUAAGUAAUUGAGAUUUUACAUUCCUUUGUAAACAACAUAUUCUUUGAUUCUUAGUCAUUUCCAUUUGGGGGAGUUGUAGGGGUUUUGUUGUUGUUUGUUUUGUUUUCUCCUUUUAAAGUUUUUCUUUUUAUGUAGUUGUUCUGGGGAAGAGAAUAAGCUAUUCAAUAUAUUGCUGCUGCUUAUGACAGAGUUGAUAUAUACUAGACCAGUUGUCUAUCAAAACUUAUUACUGAGAGUUUCAGUUCUUAGACAACAAAACCUAUUUUAAAAAACAGUGUAAAUGCCUGUAAGUAUUGUACAUGCCUGUACCUUCAAAUGUAAAGUGAACCAUGGGUACCUUGUGAGACUUAUGUUCCUUGGUUCAUAUUCAUAAUCUCAAUUUUAUUAAUUUUUGAGGAAAAGGUUUUUUGACUCAGCAACUAUUUUGUCUGUAUAUUUCAGUGUAAAUGUAUCUUGAAGUUACUGUGAAUCUCUAUUUAAAAAGUCAAUGCCUGUAAUUGUAUGCUAAACUUUUUUUUAUUUUGAAAACAAACUGAGAAGUGUGGAGAAAAAUAUUUUUAAGAUUUUGAUAUCUGAGUGGGUAAGAUGACUUGGCAGUAAUGGUGUUUGUUGCAGAGUUUGAUGACCUGAAUUCUAUCUUUGGGACCUGCAUGGUGAAAGGAACAAACCAAUAAUCAGCAAAUUUUCCUCUAACCUUCAUGUAUACAUUGUGGCUUUGUGUGCACGUGCACACAGUACUCAUAGAUGCACGAAGAAAAAAAACAGAAAGAAUUUUUAAAUAUGACAUUUGUCUAUAUAUAAAGUACCAACAUUGUGUUCGAAUUGCAAAAUCUAGAACUUAUGGAACAUUUAAUUAUUAUCAUAUCAUGGUUAUGUAGCAAGUUACCUUGUAAGAUUUAGUUCAUGCUUACAGUUUGUUUCUUAGUUCAUGCUUAUAAUUGUAAUUUCAUUUUUAUGUGGAAAAUAAAAAUAUUUCUGAAUUGAACAUCUAUUUUUCUAUGUAAUCAUCUUAAAUGUAUCAAACAAACUUUAAUUUUCUA